UCAAAUGCGCUGGCUGCUACAGUCAGCUGGACACUGACAGAGGCAACAACCAACUCAUUGUACUCUCAGUUCCUGUAUAUAUAGGAGCAUAUAUAGCUUGGAUUUUGCAAACAAAUGUACGAGCGGCAGAGAAGAAAAGCAAACAAACAUAGACACGUUCUAUAGAGGCCGCAAACCAAAACAUUGGUGGUCAUCUCGAAAAAAGAAGAUAAAAAAAACAAGAGCGAUGAAGUGCAAGUGUGACGUAUGGAGAGAGAGAGAGAGAGAGAGAGAGAGAGAGAGAGAGAGAGAGAGAGAGAGAGAUCUUCUUCAAAUGCAAUACAGUGCCUCCAAUUCUUGAAUAAGUUGUACAUAAUAGGAAAACAACAGCUUACAUACUUCAUUACUUCUAAUCUUUUUGUUUGAACUCACUAUGUUAAUGUUUUAACAAGCAUUAACUAAAAGCUUCAUUACUCUGCACUUCUGCAGGCAUUGCCGCCUUCAUUGUUGUCUCUGUGUUCGUCAGGCUCCUAGGCUGUUGCCUGGAGGUGGAUGCUCCAAUGUUGGUCUACGAAUAUGCAGCGAGGGGGAGUCUACAUGAUGUUCUGUUUGGACUAAGGCGCAUAGAUAUCAUACCUGUGCAUACGCGCCUCGGAAUUGCUGUCGGGUCAGCCGAAGGCCUAGCAUACAUGCAUUCAGCAGUGGAGUGUACGAUACGCCAUGGCGAUGUUAAAUCUGCCAAUAUUCUUCUAGAUGAUAAAUUAAUUCCAAAGGUUUCAGACUUUGGAACGACGAGGCUGCUCGCGAGGGGAAAAUCUGUGAAGACCGAGCGCGUCGUUGGGGAUCUAAAUUACAUAGAUCUAAUAUACAUGGAGCAUGGAGUUGUUACACAGAAGAGCGACGUCUACAGCUUCGGGGUUGUUCUCAUAGAACUGAUCACAAGGAGGCCCGCCAUACACGACGACCGAAGGAGCUAUGUUGCGAGCUUUGUUCAAGUUUCUCUUGAUAAACAAGCAAGGCACUUUUUUUAUCAGGCUAUUACAAGCGAGGGGGACAUUAAGCUUCUGGAAAUGGUCGGCGAGGUCGCCGUGGAGUGUCUUAAACCUAAUCCAGAAGAACGCCUAGACAUGAAACAAGUAGAACAAUGCCUCUUCCAAAUUAUUGGACAGUCCACACAGGAGACAAACUACCAAGGAGAUGUUAGUCCUGCACCGGAUGAUAUUCCCUUGCUCAAGGAUUGCAAGAAUGUGGUAACCACAGACUAGAACAAGAAUACAAUUAAUUUGCUAAUAUUCUGAAUAUUCCAUCCAUUUAUGUAACCGCUUUAGUGUCCUGAAAAUUUUUACUGGCUAUAAUUUGUCAAGACAUCAAAUUAUGUACCAGUAUUACUGUAUUUGAAGUAGAGCAAACGCUGGUUGUGAUCUUCGAAACUCA